UUGUCCUGAAAUCAAUGUUCUUUUGUUUGUUUAUUUGACUGCUUCUAUUUGAACCUUUUGCAGCUUUCUUUGAACUCUCUUUUCUGAGUUUCUUUUGUCUUGUGGUUGUGUUCUUUCUUGUAAAUUUGGUUCACUUCUACUUCACUCGUUGGGUAGCGUUGGAAAUGAUUGCAAUUCAACUCCUUUGAUCUUUGAUACAUAUUUUGGAAUCUGGGAUUUUCAGUACAGCAUUGUUUGAGGUUUUAAGCCAAUUAAUUGAAGCGGGUCUUUCUAGUUAGCUAUUCAUGUUUGCUUUACUUUAGAUAAUUCUUUUUAUUUUGAUGAAUUGAGUUUUUGGAGGAAUAUCUUUACACCACUUUGAAUUCUGAAGUUCCUUAUAUUAUUUCUAUAAAACACAAUUGUGAGAAGAGGGUAUCUACUGUUGGCUGUUUUAGCAGUUCUUGUCAAGAAGUUGGAAAUGGGUGACAAGGAUAAAUUUGAGCUGGAGAAGAGGAGUGAUAAUAAUCUUAACUACCAUUCACCUGGUAGUAUGGCUCAAGACUGGAGAUUUAGCAGUACCAAUAUCACAAAUUCAUCUUUGGGUUUGGUUUCCACUGAUAAUCAGAUGCCAGCAUGUAGAGGAGAUCUGGUUGGUGUUUCUUCUUGCUCUUCUGCUUCAAUGGUGGACUCAUUUAGCCCAGGCCUGUGGGACCACUCCGCAAAUUCACAGAACUUGGGGUUUUGUGACAUUAAUCUCCAAAGUAAUGCAAGCACUUCAAACCCAAUAGGAAUUAGAAAAGGCGGUCCCGGCUCUUCGAGAGGUGGCAUCGAUAAAAUGCUGGAUAUGGGUUGGACUUCACCAAGCUCCAUGCUUAAAGCUGGCAUGUUCUUGCCCAGUGUUCCUGGGGUGCUCCCUCAGAGCUUAUCUCAGUUUCCUACUGAUUCUGCAUUCAUUGAGCGAGCUGCAAGGUUUUCGAGCUUCAAUGGUGGAAAUUUUAGUGAUAUGGUAAACCCUUUUGGAAUUUCUGAGUCUAUGGCUCUUUAUUCUAGGGGUGGGGGUAUGAUGCAAGGACCACAAGAGAUUUUUGCAGGUAGUGGUUUGAAAGCAGUGUCUGGUGGACAAAGUCAGAAGAAUGUUAUGAAUCUGGGUGAAGGUUCUAAAGAUGCUUCUUUGUCUGUUGAACAUGUGGCCAUUGGAGGGAGCCCACUCAAGAAUGAGAGAAGAAGUGAGAGCCUUGUGAGAUCUCACGAUGAAGCAAAACAAGCUGUUGGUGGGUCUGGUAAUGACUCUGAGGAAGCUGAAUUCAGUGGUGGUGGUCAUCAAGAUGAGCCAUCGAUGUUGGAAGGAAAUGGUGGGGAAUUGUCUGCUAAGAGCUUUGGCUCAAAGAAAAGGAAAACAAAUGGGCAGGAUACUGAGCUUGACCAGACCAAGGGAAGCCAACAGUCUGUUGAAGCUGCAAAGGAUAACACUGAAGUUCAACAAAAGGGAGACCAAAAUCUGAAUUCAGCUUCCAAUAAGACUGCUGGAAAACAGGGUAAACAAGGAUCUCAAGCUUCAGAUCCACCGAAAGAAGAAUAUAUUCAUGUUAGAGCUCGAAGAGGUCAGGCAACAAAUAGCCAUAGUCUGGCAGAAAGAGUGAGGAGGGAAAAAAUUAGUGAAAGGAUGAAGUAUCUACAAGACCUUGUACCUGGUUGCAGCAAGGUCACAGGCAAGGCAGUGAUGCUAGAUGAAAUUAUCAACUAUGUGCAAUCAUUGCAACGGCAAGUUGAGUUUCUGUCAAUGAAACUUGCAACAGUUAAUACAAGGCUUGAUUUUAACUUAGAAGGGCUCCUUGCAAAAGAUAUCCUUCAUCCGCGAGCUGUUCCUCCAUCAUCUCUGGCAUUUUCACCUGAAAUGCCUAUAGCUUAUCCCCCAUUUAAUACAUCUCAACCAGGUCUUAUUCAAGCCUCUUUUCCUGGCAUGGAGACCCAUUCUGAUGUACUCCGAAGAACCAAUAAUUCCCAACUGACACCGAUGACUGGAGGAUUCAAGGAGCCUACUCAGCUGCCUAAUCCAUGGGAUGAUGAGCUCCACAAUGUUGUCCAAAUGGGCUAUGUAACAAGUGCUUCACAAGAUAGCCAAGAUAUAAACGGAUCACUGCCUCCAGGCCACAUGAAAGCUGAACUUUAACGAUUCAUCUUGCUUUUUUAUGUGACACAGUAGGCUUUCACCACUAAUUUCGAGGAUGAGAAGCACGGUAGAGGAGAAUCGCAUCAAAUUAUCCAGAUACAAAGCUUGGAGGGGAUGAGUUGCUCUGAAGCAAGGUUUUGAGAGCUCAAAGGAUCGAUUGCAUUAUCGAUGCAGAGAGUUGACCUUUUGCCUUGAUGAUUCUUACUUGUCUUUGGAUGCCAUACCGGUCGCCGUGCUAUGAGCUUUAAAUACUAGAUUCCCAGCAAACUGAAAAAAGUCUGUCAUUGGAUAGGAAUCUCCUGGACUGAUGAAUGCAAGAAUGUAAUGUAUAGAUUGAUACUCCUAGAAUCUCAUGGAUAUAGGCUAACAGGGAAGCUCAUGUAUUAUCUGAAAUGAAAAUGAGCUUUGUAAUUUAUAAAACAAUGAAAACUAUGGUGGCAUUCUGUUAAUAUAUGUUUCAAUUACGUA